CGAGAACAAAGGGGAUUUCAUAGAUUGUAGAAUGAACACGUUUGCUUCUUCUUUGUUCUUCCUCCCGACGAUCACAACGAAGGGGCAACAACAAAUCCAAAGAUGAUUUCGGCAUUUUUCAUCUUUAAUCAAAAGGGGGAAGUCUUAAUCUCAAGAUUGUUUAGACCGGAUUUGAAAAGAUCAAUUGCGGAAAUCUUUCGAAUCCAAGUCGUUUCAAAUCCUGAUGUUCGAUCGCCAAUUGUGACGCUUGGAAGUACUUCUUUCUUUCAUGUUCGUCAUGAGAACUUAUAUGUGGUCGCGGUAACGAAAUGCAAUGCAAACGCUGCUUUGGUUUUCGAGUUUUGUUAUCGAAUUAUUCAAAUUGGAAGAUCCUACUUUGGCAAAUUCGAUGAAGAAAGCGUAAAGAACAACUUUGUUCUAUUCUAUGAAUUAUUGGAUGAAGUGAUGGACUUUGGAUAUCCUCAAAAUAGUGAAACAGACACCCUCAAAAUGUACAUCACAACCGAAAGCGUCAAAUCUGAACAAGCAGUACGUGAAGAUAGCGCAAAGAUUACCAUUCAAGCAACAGGUGCGACCAGUUGGAGAAGGGCCGAUGUGAAAUAUCGCAAAAAUGAAGCAUUCGUGGAUGUGAUUGAAACUGUGAACCUUUUGAUGAGUAAUAAAGGUACAGUCUUACGAGCAGAUGUGGACGGACAAAUUUUGAUGCGUGCUUAUUUAUCUGGCAUGCCUGAAUGUCGAUUCGGAUUGAAUGAUAAACUGGUACUGGCAAAAGAUGACAAGAAACGAGACGAUGGAGCUGUUGAACUUGAUGACUGUCAAUUUCACCAAUGUGUCAAGCUUGGCAAAUACGACGUUGACCGAAGUAUCAGCUUCACUCCACCUGAUGGAGAAUUCGAGUUGAUGCGAUACAGAUCUACGAGUAAUGUCAACCUACCAUUCAAAGUACAUCCAAUCGUCGAAGAACAUGGAAAGUCAAGGGUGGAGUAUAACAUCUCCAUUCGCGCAAAUUUUGAUUCAAAAUUGAGUGGAAACAAUGUGAUUGUUAAAAUUCCAACGCCAACAAAUACGACAAACGUAAAAUGUCAAGUCGCAAUGGGAAAAGCAAAAUACGUUCCGGAAGAACAUGUGAUCGUUUGGAAAAUCCCUCGGAUACAAGGAAUGGCAGAAGCUUCACUUCAAGCAGAUGCAGAACUUUCUUCUACAACACACAGAAAAGCUUGGUCAAGGCCGCCGAUCGAAUUGGAUUUUCAAGUUUUGAUGUUCACUUCCAGUGGUUUGCUAGUAAGGUACCUCAAAGUGUUUGAGAAAUCAAAUUAUCAGAGUAUCAAAUGGGUACGUUACCUCACCAAAGCGAACGGAACCUACUUGAUCCGCAUUUGAAGGUUUUUUGUUCCUCUUCAUCUAUUGUAUUAUCAUCUUCUAAUGUGAUUCUCAUUUUAAUCUAUAG